CGUUGAACCAGGGACUGACCAUGACCUGCUGUGAAGGAUGGACAUCCUGUAAUGGAUUCACCUUGCUGGUUCUACUUCUACUGGGAAUAACCCUCAACGCAAUCCCUCUAAUUGUCAACUUAGUUGAUGAAGGCCAGUUUCUUCAAAACCCCAUCUCUUGCUUUGAGUGGUGGUUCCCAGGAAUUAUAGGAGCAGGGCUGAUGGUCAUUCCGGCAACAACAAUGUCCUUGGCAGCAAGAAAGAGAGCGUGUUGCAACAACAGAAUUGGAAUGCUUCUGUCAUCACUUCUGAAUGUGAUCACAGUCAUUGGUGCUGUGUACUGCAUGUUAGUAUCUCUCCGGGCUCUCUCGGAAGGCCCUCUCAUUUGUAACUCUCAAGUGAACAGCACUUCCAGCUGUGAAUUUUCAUUCAACAACUUAAGCAACAUCCAUCCAGAAUCCUUCAAUCUACAGUGGUUCUUCAGAGAGUCCUGCAUGGCUCCUGCUGAGGUCACUGAUCCCACCCUCAGUGGUACCAGGGCCAGUGAUGGUGGACGCUAUAGCUUGAACUUCAGUUCUAAAGAAAACAAACACAGGACGAUCCAUUUUUCAGUGUUCUUGGGCCUGCUGCUUGUGGGGAUUCUCGAGCUCAUGUGUGGGCUCAGUCAGAUGGCCAUCGGUCUUCUCGGCUGUCUGUGUGGAGUCACUAAGCGGAGAAGUAGGAUUGUGUAG